CUUGGGGUGCUUAAUUUCCGGUCGCAUCGGACAGGAAUGUCGGCAAAAUUAAAGUCGUCCGUGAUAAGCCGAUAUCUGUGGACCAAGAAUUGAUCACCGAAUUACCUAUCGGGUUGCGAUCUCUGCCAAUCGCAUACCGGAAUACCGGAACGAUCGGCGACCGAUCGAUCGGGAUCUCUUCAAGAUACUAUACUGGACGUUCCGUUGCUGCCCUAUCAGAUCUGAUCGUCACGAUUUAAAAGAUCGGUCCACGAUCUAGCUAGUGCGAGCACCGUUGAGAGCUCGCGGGCGAUCUCGCGUCUCCGCAGGCCGAUCCACCGCGGAGAUCGGCGGGAUCGGUCCCCACGUUCGUCGGCCACCGACGAUCGGCGUGAAAGCGAAAGCGGGAGCGUUCGUGUAGAUACGAAUACGGCAUGAAGAAUGGCAACCGAUUCCUCGAGCACUCGUCAGGGCGUGAGGGCAGUCGCCACGACGACCACCGAUCCACAGCGAAGCGAGAAGCGCGCCGUCGCGGCGCGGGGCGCCGCCGGCGCGCUGGCCCUGAGCGUCGUUGCUCUGGUCAUGCAAUCUGCAGCCACCGCGACUCCCACUUGGGGAUACUUUACCAAUCCUGACGCUGGCACUGCUGCGGAGAAGGGUUACUUUGGACCAUGGAGACAAUGCAAGCUCCUUCUUUACGGACGAGAGUGGUGCGGCCAAAGUGUUUCCAGGUUCCAACCAGUGUUGGCUGUGUGGGUGGCAGGAUUAGCCGCUGCUGGCGCCUCCACCCUUUUGGCGAUUCUGGUCGGUCUGGCUGUGCUUCAAUUAGCGAUGGCCUCCUCCGCGAAGCGAGUUGUAAUUUCGUACAGCACGGCCCUAAUAGGCAAAGUUGCGCUCGCUACUUUGGCAACGGCAUUGUCGAUCGUGGCGGCGUGCUUGUUCGCUUUGCAAACAGAUGACCGAGCCAACAGCUUCGUCAUCACGAGAGGAGAAGCUUUUUACAUGCAGUUGGCCGCCAUCGCCUUGAACUUCGGCGUGCUGGUGUCCGCCGUUUACGAAGGCAUUUACGCGCGAAGGGGCGGCGAUCCUACCAAGAUUAGGAUCGUCACAGAUCCACGUGGAGGCACUAUAAAUAAUCCAGGAUAUCGGGAGUAUCACCAACCUACGAACGGUGGUACGAUCUCGAUGACAGACGCCAGCGGCAAGCCGUACGCCGGUGGUGCCGGGAACGGGUCGACGGCGUCGGUGGCGACUUCCGGUAGCGCGGCCAGCACCGCUUCGCCCCUCAGGAGCUCCCUGAAGAAGCCGAAGCCUCUCGGCAUCCACAAUCCCGGCUUCUCGGCGCACAGCCCAACCCUGUCCAGGAACGGCUCGCAGAAGAAGGUGCGUAUACAGACGCACUCGACGGAGGUCUAGCCGACGCCCUGUGGCGCGUCGUCCUGGCGCGGGAGUCCACUACGUGACCAGCAAUCGGGCGAUCGCUUGCAACUGCUGCGAUGACAGGAAAUCGGCGACCAAACGUCCGUUUCGCGCAAUGCGUUCCAUUAACGGUGAGUGGUUCUCCGAUGUGAUUAUCAUCGAUUCGCAAGCAGGGUCGACCGGAAGACGAAAUUGGGCGACGUGCAUCGCGCGUUCCGCCGCAGCUGCGGUGACUCGGGCGAAAAUGCCCCAUCGAUGACGCUAUUUGUGAUUUCGACAAUGAGACUUUUAAUGAGUUCCGAAGCCGCGAGCUGAGCCAAGCCGAACCGUUCGCGAGGUUGGAGUUGAUCAUUACGACGACGACGGAAUGUAAAUAGGCUGACGCACGCGAUCGAUAAUCGCCGGAACUUCGUGGCUGAUGCUAGCUGAGUUAAAUGUCACAGGAAUUCGCGUCGUAGUGCACAAGAUUGAUGAUGAUUCGUCUAAUGGUUUUUAGAUCGCACCUUUCAUCGAUUUUUCUACUAUGUCUUUGCGCGCUGUACAGUACGGUGGACUGCUAGAAUGCGGAUAGCAAUAAAUAUAAAUUAAUUAUGUAAAGAUACUGGCGGGAGAUUAAGAUGGUGACUAUGGACAAAGAUAGAAAAAUAAUAUUUAUUAAAUAUGAAAAUUUUAAGAAUUACGAUUGUUCAAAAGAUGACAAUUAAUUACAAUGUCCCAGAGAAGCGUGACAAAAUAUAAAAUAACGAAUUCUGACCUAAUAUCAUAUAUCUACAAGCCUUAUGAAACAGUAAGCAAUAAAAGUUCUAUACACGUAUUUAUGCAAUGUACUUUAUUCUUUAUGCGGUUUUAUAGCGACCUAUCUUACUCUUCCGCCUCGUUAAGCACAUUCGUAUCUACAUGCUAAAAGUGAGGACAGUAAAAGACAGACGAGCAAAAAAGCGCUGGUGGCGUAACGGUCGUCAAAAAUUUUCCUUUCCUCGAGAAAGUUUGCGCGAAAGCGUACGGGUGAUACGAAAUUCAUCGUGUGUACAUGAUUUAAAAUACCAUCACGUCUGAUGGUAUUUUCACCAUCAUGUCUAAUCUUAAUUUUGCAUUCCCCCUUUGCAUAUCGUGAAAUUUCUUAAACCGCGUAUCGAGGAUGUCCAAGUGGAAUUACAUUUCCAAUUUGUUUCGCCACGAAAACGCGAACAAUUUCGAAAAAUUCUUGCUUGUGAUAGAAUGUAAUGUAUAAUCGGGUGUAUUAAUAUUAUCCGAUGCGUUUUGCGUUCAUUACGGCCAAAUUCCUCCGUAAUAAUUGACAGUUUUUGAAAAGAUAUCUUUUCAUCCAUAUGAUUGAUCAUGUGACUCGAUUAUUCCAUAUUUGC